GCACUGUCACGCUGCUCACCCCCAGGCCCUUCCAGGAGCACCCUUUCCCAGAGGAGGGCUGACUUUGCUGCUCUCCCAGGCUCCAGCAAGCCCGGCAGGGACCUGCCACCACCACCAGCACCCUGAGCACCCCGAGCACCCCUCGGGGCACCCUUGCCACGGGCCCUUUUUGGGAGGGGGGGGGAAAAGGGGUGAGCACAGCGGGGCCACCCCCGGGGCUCCCCCUUCCCUUAGAAGCGGGGGCUGCGGGGCGGCUCUCCAAGCCCCCCUCCCGCGGCUUUUGCUCCCCCUUUUUCUUCCUCCUCCUCCUCCUCCUCCUCCUCCUGCUGCUGCUGCUGCUGCUGCUGCUGCUCCUCCUGCCGCCGCUGCCCGGCUCCGCUCCGCCUCGCCAGCCCCGAGCGGGUGCCCCGGCCCUGCCGCACCUCCCCGGCCUCCGCAGCCCCGGCCCGGCGGGCGGCAGUGCCACAGCCUGCAGGCCUCUCCGCAAUGCUACAGUGCAAACAUGCUCAGGAAUUCAGCUUCGGGCCCCGGGCUCUGAAGGAUGCGCUGAUCUCGACCAACCCAGCCCUGCAGGAGCUCUAUGCCAAAGCUUUCUCCAGGGCGGAGAAGCUGUUCCUCUCCGAAGCCUACAACCCGCAGAGAACGCUCUUCUGCACGCUGCUCAUCCGGACGGCUUUCGACUGGCUCCUCAGCCACCCCGAUGCCCCCGAGGACUUUGAAACCUUCUAUCACGCCAUGCUGCAGAGGAAGCAGAGCUUCUGUCGGAAGCACAUUUACCUGCAGCCUAUAGACCUGAUCGAAGGGCCAGCCGGGCUGUCGCUGCUGGAUUCCCUGCAGAGCUGCGUUGAGUCCUUCUUCCUGGGGCUCCGUGUCAAGUGCCUUCCCUCCAUUCCCAUCUCUUCCAUCCACUGCUGCUACCGCCACAGCCAGGACUCGGACAGAGUGCAGCUUCACGCAGAUGGGAUCCUGAACUUCCUGAAGAACAACAAGCCCAUGGAUGCUCUGUGUGUCCUUGGACUCACUCUCUUGGACCUUUACCCAUGUGAGACCUGGAGCUUCACGUUCAGCAAAUUCCUGCCAGGACAAGAAGUGGGAGUCUGCAGCUUUGCCAGAUUUUCUGGGGAUUUCCCCCACGGUAGCUGUAGCAGCUUGAAUCCGCUCGUGCAGAAGGAACGGUUAGGCCAAGUCAGCACGGAAAGCAGAGACCGGACCUUGCCGUUCAGUGCCCAAGAGAUGGUGCAGUGCUGUAAGGUGACUUGCCACGAGAUCUGCCACCUGAUGGGCCUGGGGACGUGCCGCUGGCUGCAGUGCAUCAUGCAGGGCGCGCUGAGCCUGGACGAGGCCCUGCUGCGGCCGCUGGAGCCCUGCCCCAUCUGCCUCCGCAAGCUGCAGUACGUCGUGGGCUUCAAGCUGGUCGAGCGCUACAGGAAGCUCUACGCCUGGACGCAGACCGUGCUGUCCACGUGGCCGAGGCAAGAGUCGGCGGACCUGUCAGCCUCGGAGGACGUCCCCGCUGUCAGCUCGGACUCCGGGAUGUGCUGUGAGAACGACUCGGAGGCGGUGACCUCCUUGUCGGAGCCGCUCACGCCGGACACGUGUAGCCAGGCCCUCUCCAUCGGCCAGGAGCUGGAGCAGGACGAGCAGUCGGGCUCGCUGGCUGAGGCACACAGCCAGCCCCAGCUCGCCGGGCCCGCCAAGGCCACAGAUAUCGUUAAGGAUUACGAGCUGUGGCUGGAGACCUGCAUCGCUGCCCUGGAGAGGAACGUCUCCGAGGAGGAGCUGGCUCAGGUGGACAAGGCUGUGGACGCGCUGGCCAAGUGGGAGAUGUUCACAGGACAGCUGCCCGCGAUGAAGAAGGACCUGCCCUUUGCUAGGGACAGCACCGGGCUGCGGAAAGUUCUCGGAGACAAAUUUUCCUCCUUGCGGAGGAAACUGAGUUCCAGAAAACUGUCCAAAGGGGAAUCGUCCCCUCAUCGCUGGCGGUGGGAGGAGAACUAGCGAGGGUCUGCCUUGGGAUGGGCCAGCUCUGCUCCCAAGGCUUUGGUUGCAUUACUAUCCUGCUUCUGAGCUGUCUCACCACGGGUUGUUGCUGUCAGAGGGAAACAGGAACUCCCCCCAGGAAUAAAAGGUGUUUCUUUUUUCUGAGAUUGC